UCUGUCACAACUCAUAACUGCACAGUCGGUUCUGAACAGUCGCAGAGAGUACACGCGUUUUUCACUCUGUAACUUUUCGUAACUUUAGCUAUGACGUUGCGCUGCUUGAUUGCGGUUUUGGCACUAGCCGGGGCCACGUUUGCUGGUCCAGAGGUCACCGAAUUGAAGAUUGAAGUGGUGAGCGUUCCUGAGAUCUGCGAUGCUAAGUCCAAGAACGGCGAUACACUCACUAUGCACUACACCGGGACACUUGACGAUGGACACAAGUUCGACUCAAGUUAUGAUCGCGACCAACCUUUCACUUUCCAAAUCGGUGUCGGUCAAGUAAUCAAAGGCUGGGAUCAAGGUCUUCUGGACAUGUGUGUUGGUGAAAAACGAAAACUUACAAUUCCAUCAAAGCUCGGAUACGGCGAACGUGGAGCCGGAAAUGUGAUCCCAGCUCAUGCUACUCUACACUUCGAAGUAGAGCUCAUCAACAUUGGCGACUCACCCCCAUCGACCAAUGUGUUCAAAGAGAUUGAUGACAAUCAGGACAACAUGCUAUCCAGAGAAGAAGUGAGUAUAGAGUUAGCGUUCCGAGCAAUGGACACAGAUGGUGAUAAAGAAUUGUCUAGAGAGGAGGUAAGCGAGUACUUGAAGAAACAAAUGGUGCCUCCAGAUGGUGCUGAAAUGAGCGAUGAUGUCAAACAAAUGCUUGAGAGCCACGACAAGCUGGUUGAGGAGAUUUUCCAACAUGAAGACAAAGAUAAGAACGGGUUCAUCAGCCACGAGGAAUUCUCGGGUCCCAAACACGAUGAACUAUAAGUUCAUAAUAUACUAUACCAAUAAACUAUAAUACCACUCUAUACAAAUAAGUUCAUAGCUAGAAAUAUAAUUAGUGUGUUGAGAAGAGAUUACGAGAUUUUUGCAUUCAAUUCUUUAACAUCGUUUGUGAUAAGUUUGUGUGUGAGUCUGUCGAAGGUACUUAUAUGACUAUUUUGUUAUUUUUACAUAUGACAUUUAUUUACCUUAUUUGUAUUUUUACAAUGUUGUAUAGUUUGAAUAUAUUUAUUAUACACGUUAAUAAUUUAUUUAUUUUCUGUACUUUCACAAUUAUAUAAUCGUUUAUAACUCUGAAACAAUAGGAUAUAAACCAAUGUAUGAGAUCUGUUAGUGUUCUUUAACUAAAUUGUUAUUGUCUUAGAUGCACUCCAAUAUACCAAAUAGAGUAUACCGUACCUAUCUAUGUGGUAUAACUGUGCACUUACGUCAAAGUAGAAUAUUUUACUCCCGUAAAUUUCAACAGUGUUAAAUACUUUAAUGUAAUUUAUUAAAUAAACACUUAUACAUACUUCAA